AGCCUUGCUUUCUCAUUAUUACUUCUACACUUUUGCCAACAUCUCAAAAGAAGUCACAACUCACAACCUUAAACAUUGAACACAAGUCCAACAAAAUUUCCCCCCAACACACAUAAAACCAAUAACACACACUGACACACUCCUCUCCCAUAAUCGAUACUAAAACAACCUAACCAUCCAUCCAAAGUCCAAACAGACAAACAUUAACUACAUGGUUUGAGAAAAACACACACACACACACGUCCAAGAAGGAACAACAAACAACACAACAUGAUCCCAGCUUGUUUCAGCCAACCCAACACACCUUCAAGCUCAAGCAUCACUCAAGUGCCACAAAACCUAGUAACCUGCAUAUACCAAACUCAACUUUGCAACUCUUCCACGUACCUUACACUCACCUGGUGCAGAACCCUUCUCUCUCACUCCUUAACCAUUUAUGCACCUCACACCUUCUCCAUCACCAUUCCUCUCAACCCUUCAACCUUCUCCUUCUUCCGAACUCGACCAGGAUCCAAAUCCAUCUACCUCACUCGCCCCCACAAACGUUCUCAGAAAAUCAAACUUCACUGGGACUUCUCUGAAACACUUUUUAGUACUCGAAACUCAGCUGAGCCUGAGUCAUGCUUCUACCUUGCUAUCUGCUGCAAUGGCAGGGUUGAAUUCUUUCUGGGUGAUCUUGUUCUUGGUCUUCCCGUGCAGCUUUCAACUCACCAACCCAGUGACCAAACUCUUGUGUCGAGAAGAGAACAUGUGUUUGGAAGCAAGAGUUACGUGUCCAGGGGCGAGUUCAUGGGUUCAAAACACGAAUUAGAGAUUGAAUUGUGCAGUGGAGAAGAACUGAGAGUGAAAGCGGAUGGUCAAGUUUGUUUGGUGGUGAAAAGGCUGGCGUGGAAAUUCAGAGGCAACGAGAAAAUAUUCAUUGAUGGCGUUGAAGUAGAGUUCUACUGGGACGUGUUGAAUUGGGUGGUUAAUAGUGAAGAUGGCAAUGGCAACAAUGGCCAUGGUGUUUUUGUGUUUCAAGUAGGUGAUGGUGGUGCUGUGUGGCCUGAAAUGGUGGGUCCAGAGAAGAAGUUAAUGAAGAAGAGGUUGGUGGGACCCACUAUGGCACCAUCGAUCUUCAGGACAUCGCCAUCGAGCUCCAGUGUGUUGCAGUGGGCGGAGGAGAGCAGUGAUGGUGGCAGAAGUUCGUGCUCUUCAUCUACAAGGUCAUGUGGGAGUAGUAAUGGUGGCUUCUCUUUGUUGCUAUAUGCUUGGUGGAGAGACUAGAGUCUGAAAUUUUGGAACUGGAUUAGUUCAUUGUUCUUUUCCACAUUCAUGAUUUCACUUGUGAUUAUUGAUUUUCAAAUUCUCUGUUUCAAUUAAUUAUUGAAACUAUUGUUUUCAUGGGGUUUCAACUUUGAAUUGCUCUGAAUUGGAGAGCAGUUUCUUGUAUACUUGCCUGUCUCUCUUGUACAGUUAUUUAUCUUAAGUUUGUCUUCAAGUAGUAGGAACAAAGUAGUUACAUGGUUA